CCCGGCCCGGACCCCGCUCCUCUUUGCUCCUCCUACUGAAAGGCUCGUAUUAGUUGGUGGUGUUUUCUUCUGUGUUUGUUCGCCCAGGCAUCAACGAAAGCUGCUUCUAACCAGCAUUUUACCCAGGAUACUGAACGAAACAUGGCUUACACGACUGCAGGCGGGACCAAGAAAAAAGUUUGCUACUACUAUGACGGUGACAUAGGAAAUUACUACUACGGACAGGGACACCCAAUGAAACCCCAUCGUAUUCGGAUGACUCACAACCUGCUUCUCAACUAUGGACUUUACAGGAAAAUGGAAAUCUAUAGACCACACAAAGCCACAGGAGAGGAAAUGACAAAAUAUCACAGCGACGACUACAUCAAGUUCCUCAGAUCUAUACGGCCAGACAACAUGUCGGAGUUCAGCAAGCAGAUGCAGCGCUUCAAUGUUGGGGAGGACUGUCCUGUUUUUGAUGGGCUCUUUGAGUUCUGCCAACUUUCUGCCGGGGGCUCUGCAGCUGGCUCAGUGAAACUGAACAGACAGCAGACUGACAUCGCGGUGAACUGGGCCGGAGGUCUUCAUCACGCAAAGAAGUCUGAAGCAUCUGGAUUCUGCUACGUUAACGACAUCGUGCUGGCCAUCCUGGAGUUGCUUAAGUACCACCAGAGGGUGCUAUAUAUAGACAUAGACAUCCACCAUGGGGAUGGAGUGGAGGAGGCCUUCUACACCACAGACAGGGUUAUGACCGUGUCUUUUCAUAAAUAUGGGGAGUACUUCCCUGGAACUGGAGAUCUCAGGGAUAUUGGAGCAGGAAAAGGCAAGUACUACGCUGUCAACUUCCCUCUGCGAGACGGUAUAGACGACGAGUCAUAUGAGCAAAUUUUCAAACCAGUAAUGGCCAAGGUGAUGGAGAUGUACCAGCCAAGUGCCGUGGUGCUGCAGUGUGGUGCAGACUCUCUCUCGGGCGAUCGCCUCGGCUGCUUCAACCUCACCAUCCGAGGACAUGCAAAGUGUGUGGAGUACAUGAAGUCUUUCAACCUGCCACUACUAAUGCUGGGUGGAGGAGGAUACACCAUCCGCAAUGUUGCCCGAUGCUGGACCUACGAGACGGCAGUCGCUUUGGACACAGACAUCCCUGAUGAAUUGCCCUACAAUGACUACUUUGAAUACUUUGGGCCUGACUUCAAGCUACACAUCAGCCCCUCUAACAUGACCAACCAGAACACGCAGGAGUACAUGGACAAGAUUAAACAGCGGCUCUUUGAGAAUCUGCGAAUGUUGCCCCAUGCCCCUGGGGUUCAGAUGCAAGCCAUCCCAGAGGACGCCAUCCCAGAUGACAACGUGGACGAGGACACAGAGGAUCCAAACAAACGCUUAUCUAUUCGUGCGACGGAUAAGAGGAUAGCGUGUGAUGAAGAGUUCUCCGACUCCGAAGACGAAGGCGAAGGAGGCAGGAGGAAUGUGUCCAAUCACAAAAGGGGACCUAAAAGGCCGAGAGUCGAUGAAGAGAAGAAGGAAACGGAGGAGCAGAAAUCUGAAAUAAAAGAAGAAGAGAAAACCAAGGAGAUUGGUGCUGAGAAGCCAGACUCUAAAUGUGUGAAGACAGAGCAGAUAAGCCCCUAAAUCUGUUCUACCCCCGUCAUGACCACAUGGUGCUGUCCAUCAUCAGGAAUCCUUCUCCAAUCUUCUAAUACAAAGAUAGAGCUGGACAUGAGCUGUUGUCAAAAUCUUUCUAUUUAUUACAAUUCUGUUUUGUACUUUGAAGUCUUUUGUCUCUGUGUGUAGUGGGUCUCCUGAGACAUGUGAAAAUGUCCAAUGCAGCGUUCUUGAACUGCCGACUCGUUGAAUUCCAAUGUGCUUGACCUUCUGAAGGAAAUUUGCUUGUUUGUUGCUUUUUUCCUUUUAAUGUUUUUUUUUCCCCCGUUUUUCAAAACCCGAAGAGAUCUGUCAUUUAAAUUUUGAUAUUUGCAUUUGCCAAUAAAUGUUUUAUAAAUAUA